AACAGAUGUAGAUCGGAGACACAUGCAGAGCCAUGGAGGAGGACUCAGUGGAGAAGCUGCGCAAAGAGCUGGUAGAGGUACGAGAGCAGAUCCGAGAACUACUUGAGAAGCAGACCAAAUUGGAGCAGAGAUUGGAGGCUUUGGCAAAGAAGGAUGGAGAGGUGGCACUGUCAGAGCUGGCUUCCGUCCAAUCUGCAACGCCUGCGAACAUUGCCCAUGCUCAUCCGGAGCCAGAGCUGGCAGAGCCCCUGUCGAAAAGGCUUGAUGUGGCACUUCGGGGUGAUGUGGAACGUGGGAAGCUGAGAAAGCCCACCAUAGUGGAGGAUGUCGAGGAGAUCCAUGACAGACAACCUUCGCGCAGCACACCUAGCACGGCUCCAGGUGUGCACUAUGUUGUAAGCCUUGCGGCGUCAGUCACUUCUUGGGAUGCAUUGAGCACUCUACUUCGAUCCUCUGGCUACCGAAGCAGUGUCAAGCUUGCAUGGACCUGCCGGGGGUUGCUUAGCCAGAUUCAAGAUGUGGCCUUUGCCUUCCAGCAGUGGUUCCCCAGCCGCGUCCUGGUUCUGGGCGGUGGAGCGCUGAGCGGCAGCAAAUCCUCGGAGCUCUUCGAUGGCUCUUGGCGAAGCCUCGCAGAGAUGGCCGUCAGCCGGGCCUUCGGGGCAGCUCUCUGUACACGAGAUGGCCGUGUCUUGGUGAUGGGUGGCAAGGACGGGGACACCAUCCUGGAUUCAGUGGAGGAGUACGACCUUGACAGAAACCUUUGGCAAACGGUGGCGCCAAUGCAGCAUGCACGUUGGGGUGCCACUGCCGUGGAAUUCCAGAACGAGGUCUAUGUCAUCGGUGGUCGGGGCAUCUCAUCGCCUGUCCUUCAGUGUGAGAGAUUAUCCAGGUCCAAGUGGCAAUUAGCACCAUCUUUGAUUGAGCCGCGAAUCUCGGCGACUGCGGCCGUUCUGGGGGGCGACCUCUUUGUGCUCGGAGGUGGCGGAAGUGCUUUGACUGCCGAACGCUUGGACCUCGAGGCAGGCCGAUGGACCAUCGAACCUCUACCAACGCAGGUGCAGAUAUAUGAUGAUAUGAUAUAUUCGACGAGGUAUUACAACUUCCCAGAGAGGUGCCCGUUCGCCUGGCUUCCACCAUGGCGUGGAGUCACUCCCAGGGCUUGGUCUCCAUUGGUGGAGCCUCAGCAGGAUCCCCUGGCACUGCUCUCGCCAGGAAUGAGUGCUUGGUGGUGCGCUUCGGGCAGGCGGGGGUAUGUUGCCCCCAACUGAGCAGCUUCGGAGUGAGGGGACAUAACGGACACCGUGCAGGCAGUUAUGCAAUGUUAUGCACAUGGCUCGUGAUUGCAGUGGAGAAUAUAUAUAUAUAUAAGACAUAUGAAAUACGGAGAACAUAUUUGGAUUUAAUUUAGAUUCAUGUGUUUGAGCAUGUUUUGCUCAAAUUCCCAGUUCGGCAUGUUCUAACCGCAUGGGUAAGAACAUUACAGAUGUCCUAAGCGUAUGGGAUUGAGAUGGGUUGAGGAGGUUCUGAUCCCAGACUUAGAGCAUGCAAAGUUGCACUUUUGCCUGCGGGCGCGGAACGGUCAUAGGUUCGGAGCCCGCAAAGCCAACCAAAAACCAAGCUAGCGUCGCUUUGACAAGCCUUGCCGGCGGUCCCAAAAACCAAACAGCGAGGCGGUCCUGGUUUUGGGACCGUUCACUCAUCAAUUAAAGCCG